AUGCCCAUGGGAUGGAGCUGUUCAGGACUCACCCCUGACCGACCAGAGCCCCUGCGCCUCCCCUGCUCACCCUUCCAGAAGUCAGGAGUGGGGGCCCCGCAGACCAGAGCCCAGCACCCCGGAGAAGCCAGGGUCCUUCCUCCCUACCUCCAGAGGACCCUGGCCAACGCCCGGCGGCCCCGCCCGGCUCUGGACCGCGGUCGGAAGGAUGCUGCAGCCUCGGGGAAACAGGGGCGGGGCUUGGUUCCUGCAGCAGGGCAGCGGGGGACGCGGUCAGAGCCCGGGAAGCUGCUGCGCGGGCGAUGGCUGCGCCGAGCCCAGGGCCUGGUCCUGGUCUGCUCCCCAGAGGCUGGAUGCAGAGCAACUGCUGCCUCAAGCUCCAGCCGCCGAGGGCUCCUCUGGCGCUUUCGAGACAAGCAGUCACGCCUGGGCCUGUUUGAAAUUGGCCCAGGCCAUGAGCUGCACGAGUUGACGUGCAUGAUGCAGGCAGGGCUGUGGGCUGCCACCCAGGUCGCCAUGGACCACCCGCCCACGGGGCCCCCCAGCGAGGAGGAUUUUUUGGAAGUCCUGACCCAGGUUCAGGAGGGCUUCGAGCUGGACACCCUGGCGGGCCCGGCCUUCGCCAGGCUGCGACGCUCUCUCGGCCUGGCUGAGGAGGACUAUCAGGCUGCUCUGGGCCCUGGCGUCCCCUACCUGCAGUUUCUCAGCACCUCCAAGAGCAAGGCCAGCUUCUUCCUGUCCCAUGACCAGCGCUUUUUCCUGAAGACACAACGGCGCCAGGAAGUGCAGGCGCUGCUCGCCCACCUGCCCCGAUACAUGCAGCACCUGCAGCGGCACCCACACUCGCUGCUCGCACGGUUGCUAGGAGUGCACAGCCUGCGAGUGGCCCAGGGGAAGAAGAAAUACUUCAUCAUCAUGCAGAGCGUCUUCUACCCGGCAGGCCGCAUCUCCGAGAGGUAUGACAUCAAGGGCUGCGAGGUGAGCCGCUGGGUGGAGCCAGCCCCCGAGGGCAGCUCUGUCGUCCUGGUGCUGAAGGACCUCAACUUCCAGGGCAAGACCAUUGACCUGGGGCCCCAGCGGAGCUGGCUUCUCCGCCAGAUGGAACUGGACACCACCUUCCUCCAGGAGCUCAACGUGCUGGAUUACAGCCUCCUGAUGGCCUUCCAGUGUCUCCAUGAGGAUGAGAGGGGCCCGGGAAGCAACCUCAUCUUCCGCAUGGCCAGGUCUGUCCAGGGGACACCGAGCCAGGAGGAGCUGGGAGCCCAGAAUCGCCGGCUGCUGCCUGACACCCCCAACGCCCUACACAUACUAGACGGGUCUGAGCAACGCUAUUUCCUGGGCCUCGUGGACCUUGCCACGGUCUACGGGCUCCGCAAGCGGCUGGAGCACCUGUGGAAGACGCUGCGCUAUCCAGGCCGGACCUUCUCCACUGUCAGCCCGGCUCGCUACGCCCGUCGCCUCUGCCAGUGGGUGGAGGCGCACACUGAGUGACCAGAGCCCGGCCACACUCUCCCUGUCUGGACAAUGGGAGCACGGCAGGAGCGCUGGUUCCAGCCUGGACGAGAGGCGGGGCGGGCUCCCCUUGCCUGUUGUCCCUCCCUCCUGAUGGCCACCAGAGAGCAGCAUCCCCUAACUAAUACUAUAACAACACCUCUCCAUUUGAUGGUGAUGCUGUGCCAGGCAUUGUGCCAUGAACUCCACUACAUUAGCUCAUUUAAUCCUCAAAAAAUGCUAUUACUAUUCUCUUUUUACAGACCAUGAAAUGGAGGCUUAGGGGGUGAAGGAAUUGAGCAAGAUCAUUCAGCAAUAAUGCUGGAGCCAGGACUC